CCAGUAUAAAACCAUGUCCCUUCGCAUUGUUGAGGCACAGUUUGCAAACAGUCCUGGUUGAGUAUCACCUAGGAGGUUUCGAAGCACUCAAUAGCUCCAGUCAAGAAUUCUAAGAAGCGCCAACAAAACUUCAAAAUGAAAGCUUUUAUCGUAGGAUCCGUUCUGUUGCUGGCUGCCGCCGCUUCCGCCGCACCGUCUUACUGGCAUUACGUUCCAGCUGACACCCCCGAAGUAGCGCACGCCAAGGCCGAACAUCUGGCCGCUCACCAGGCCGCCCGCGGAUUGGUUGGUGCCGGACCAAUUGACACCCCCGAAGUACAGCACGCCAAGGCCCAGCACUUUGCCGCCCAUGCCGCUGCCCGUGCCGGACAUGCGAUCCCACAGCCCCAUGCUGCUGCUUGGCACGCUGCCCCAGCUGCCCAUGCCUGGCACGGAGCCGGAGCCUGGCACGGACCCCAGCACAUCCCAGUGAUCCACAAUGGAGUCCCAGUUGAGACCCCAGAAGUCCAACACGCCAAGGCUGCCCAUCUCGCUGCUCUGCACGCUGCCGGAUCCGGAGCUCACUGGGUUGGUGGACAUGAAGAUGAUGGUUCCUACAAGCCCCAGUGGGAUGCCCACAACUACUAAGUAGUUUUGCUGUACCAACCCCCUCUUCCCCUGGAUGCCAAACAACCCGUAGAUUGAGCCUUUAAUCCCUCUUUAAACCCCUCGUAAGCCCCCGUUCCUCAAAGUAGCUAGGCCUUAGGAAACCUAUUUUUACACUGAUAAAAGCAAGAAAUGUGUCGAAUACUCAGAGCCACUGCCGUUCCUCCUCUUGUUUUUUGUAAAAAGUAUUUCAAACGCUAGAGCUUCGGUAGUCGCAAGUAUUAUAGUAGUCAACUGGUCCGUGCAUGGCACGGAACGUGAUCCCAAACCGAUCGAGAAAGAGAGAGAAAAAAAAUAGCCGAGAGUAGCCAAGAAAUGACAACCCUAUUGAGUGUGAAGCUGUCGCAAUUGCAGGGAAGAGUUUUCCCAGCCGGUGACGCUGCACGGCCUGCUUGGAUUUCGCUCGCUCGCGGCGGCUCAAAAGCCGAACGCCACACCCGACCAUCAUCCGGUGUGAGUGGACGUGAAAUUCCCACCACUGCCAUCAAUCCAUCGAAAAAGCGUACCGACUGGGAAUAGCUUCCGAACUAAUAACAGAGAAACAGAUUUCAGGAAACGAUCGAAGCGAUUGUUCAGGCGAAUAGGAAACCUCUCACUCGAAUUGUAAUUUCUGUGUACUUGAUAUUUUUUACCCUCAUUAAAGAGAUAUGUUAUUGCAAUCACUUUAAAAGUCGAACAAA